GUGAUUCUUUUCCUUACCUCAAACCAUAACAUUUAUCCGUCCCAACAUGUUCAACAAGUUUCUUAUAAAUCUUUAAGUAUUCUCAACCUUAGCCCGCUUACACAUCUGCAAGAAUACCCAGGAUGCUACUCAUUUGACAGGGAUCACACAGAGAGCAGCGUGGAGGUGGAGAAGCUGGCCUUCCCCAGUGUGGCGAUGUAUCAGCCAGGGAUCCUGGGUAGAAGAAAAUGUUCCUGGAAACCAUGGAUGGUUGCUCUUACUACCACAGCUGUUUCAUUGGCUUUAGCAAUAACCAUUGGGCUCCUUGUUUACUUUUUGGUGUAUGAUGAGAAGACUUAUUACUACCAGGCCUCCUUCCGGAUUCCCAGCAUUACAUAUAGCUCAGAUUUAUCUAUAGAACAGUCAAGACUUCGGAUAGACCUGAAACAAAAACUCAGCAAUGAGAUAGAUGUGAUUUUUCACAGAUCCAGUUUAAAGCAUCAUUAUAUCAAAUCUCAGGUUGUCAACUUCAGGCCAAGUAAUGAUGGUUUGAAAGCAGACGUACUGAUUAAAUUUCAGUUUCCCCGUAACAGUGUGGGCACUUUGAAAAGACAAGCUGAUAGCAUUUUGCACAAGAAGUUGCAAUCCACCCAGAGCUUCAUGAAGAGAGACACUUCAUUACCUAAUCUUAGAGAAAUGAAUGCAGCACAAGCAGAGAAUACUCUAAACAGUGAUUGUGGCUUGGGGAUGGAGUACCCACUUACAGCAAGAAUUGCUAAUGGCAAACCUGCAGACAAAGCUUCCUGGCCAUGGCAAAGCAGCCUGCAGGUGGAUGGUAUCCACCUCUGUGGAGCAUCCCUGAUUGGCUCCCAGUGGCUCCUGACCUCUGCUCACUGCUUUGACACUUACAAAAACCCCAAACUGUGGACAGUCAGUUUUGGGACAACCCUAAGCCAUCCACUGACGACAAGAAAGAUAGCGUCCAUCAUUAUUCAUGAGAACUAUGCAGCUCACAAGCACGACGAUGAUAUUGCUGUGGUCAAGCUCUCCAGCCCCGUCCUGUUUUCUGAAAACCUGCGCAGAGUCUGUCUCCCUGAUGCUACCUUUCAAGUCUUGCCGAAGAGUAAAGUGUUUGUCACUGGAUGGGGAGCUUUGAAAGCAAAUGGUCCCUUUCCCAAUUCUCUCCAAGAGGUUGAAAUAGAGAUCAUAAGUAAUGAUGUAUGUAACCAAGUGAAUGUGUAUGGUGGCGCUAUAUCAUCAGGAAUGAUAUGUGCUGGGUUCUUGACAGGAAAACUGGACGCCUGUGAGGGUGAUUCUGGAGGGCCCCUGGUCAUUCCACAAGAUGGAAAUAUCUGGUAUCUUCUUGGCAUUGUUAGCUGGGGAAUUGACUGUGGAAAAGAAAACAAGCCCGGAAUUUACACGAGAGUGACUCAUUAUCGGAACUGGAUUAAAUCUAAAACUAACAUCUAAUGCCACCCCUUAUUCAAACUGGAGUGUCACACACGGCCUCUGGCAAAUUUCAUUCAGUGUUCAUUACCGGGAACGUGGUCAUCUAGUUCGAGAUGCAAACGAGUAUGUUGCGGUGACCUUAAAUCAGAAGGGGACAGACUUUCUUCCGCAUUACUGGAACGUUUCCACCAACCUUGAACACAAAGGAUGCUGUCUGCUCCACAAAGCAUCUCAUUACCGCCCUACUCACCUCUGUUUUCCUACUUCAUGUUUUUUUCAAUUUACAGUAAUCGGGAGAUUAACUAAAUACUAACUGCACCGCCACUCUCUGCUUCUCUCCAGACCCUUCUCUGGUGUCUCCAUAGUUUCUGUCGUCUUCAUAGAGAAUUCUCUUUGGCAGUUUGUCGGUCCACUGACUAGGCAGACCAAGUUACUCAGUCUAAGCCAAUGGUGACAAAUGAUGGGGCAAGCACUAGACCAGAGACUGGGACUUGGAGACGGCAAUGAGCAGGUUCAUUUCCCUUCCUCUUCAGAUACGUAUCGAAUCUUUCCCUGAAGCGUCGUAUUUAUAUUUGUACAUAUUUUAUUAGACAAUUUAGCUGAUGUAUAUUUUGAAGCAGUGGGUUUUUUAAUCACAUAAAAGAUUAAAAAGUGAUAUUUUUGGUGCCCUUUCAUGAAUAAAAUGCAAAUGGGCAAGAGUCUAAUAAAGUUACUUUCAGUUCCAUAUCUAAAAUGAGAGAUGUUCAAUCGCUGAGAUAGAGCCAAUCUCAGAAGAUUUUUAAAAAGCAUUGCUUUCUAUUGCCCAAAGUUAUCAAAUUUCCAUUUAAGCGCUUUUAAAUAUAUUCAGUGUUUUUGACAUGAAAAAAACAAAUAAAAUGAGAGAUGUUGCAAUACUUAUACAAGUUUAUUUUUUCAAUUGUACUUUAUAUUAUCUUAAUUCAUUUUAUUUAACUUAUUUUCAACCAGAUUUAGAACAAUUAAGUACUUGUAAGAUGAGAAGUUAGCAUUAAUUAAUUCCAAGAAAAUGUAAAUACCCGAUAUAAGAAGCUAAAGUACCAGUAGAUAUUCAUAAAAUAUUUUUUAUAAGAUGUUGGCAAAGGUAUUGUUGUACAAGAACUGAAUUUAUUGUUAAAUAGCAUGUAUAUUCUAUGAUAGAAUAUUUAUAUAAGACAUUCAAAUAAUCUGGAAAGCAUCAGGUUAGCUUAUGCCUUGAAAUAAUUACACAGACACUGUAUUCUUUUAAACAGUGCUUGGCCCAUUAUAUCUAGCCUCUUCUUGGCUAACUCUCGCACCUGGACUAGCCCAUUUCUAAUAAUGUGUGUAGCAUCAGUCUUACUGGGAAGAGUCUAGCCUACGUCCAUCCUGGGUCGGGGCUUCAUCACGUGUGCCUCAGAGAGUAGAGCUAUCGCGUCUGCCCUGGAGAGGGGAGCAUGGCGUCUCUGAGCUCACUUCCUCUUCCUACCAGCAUUCUGUUCUGUUUACCUUAGUUUCAAUGAUAAAGUUGGUAUUUUCACAUGUAUUUCAUUGUCUAUUUUUCAAUCUCACCUGUGAGAAUGAAGUAGUGUCAAACCAAAUGCAGAAUUACUCUGUACAGCUUAUCUUAUUUUUAUAAUUGAUGAGUUAACUGCUGUGUUAAGGUUUUCACUGGGGUUUUGUAUUGAUUGGUGCCUAAUAUAUUACACUGUACAUACUGAAAGGUAUUUAUGAUAAUAAACCAAUUUUGUUUUCUCUGA